UCCACGGAAGUGGGAGCGGUCUCUUGGUCAUCCCCGGUACUGUCUGUAGUCGCUGGUCAUUCCCUGUACUGUCUGCAGUCUCUGGUCAUCUCCUGUACUGUCUGCAGUCUCUGGUCAUCCCCUGCACUGUCUACAGUCUCUGGUCAUCCUCUGCACUGUCCCGCAGUCUCUGGUCAUCCCCUAUACUGUCUGCAGUCUCUGGUUAUCCCUUAUACUGUCCACAGUCUCUUGGUCAUCCCCUAUACUGUCCGCAGUCUCUGGUCAUCUCCUGUACUGUCCGCAGUCUCUGGUCAUCUCCUGUACUGUCCGCAGUCUCUGGUCAUCUCCUGUACUGUCCGCAGUCUCUGGUCAUCCCCUGUCCUAUGUCCGCAGUCUCUGGUCAUCUCCUGUACUGUGUCUGCAGUCUCUGGUCAUCUCCUAUACUAUGACUGCAGUCUCUGGUCAUCUCCUGUACUGUGUCCGCAGUCUCUGGUCAUCUCCUGUAGUACGUCUGCAGUCUCUGGUCAUCUCCUG